CUGGUUUUUCCUUCUUGCCAGUUGCCUCUGAAUUUGAUCUUUUGUGGAAGCAGCAAUCUUGCAACUAAAUUUCUUCCGCGUCUGCGAACGGCUUGAAUUGGAGACACCAGAGAAGAGUCCAUUAUUGUUAGUAAUGGCAGAGAGAUUCAUACCAAGAUGUCCUGUGAUUUCUUUCUGUAUUUUCUUGGCUGUAGGUCUGAAUAAUAUUAUCAAUUGUUCUCUAUUUGUAGUCAAGAAUGAUUCUUUCUUAAUACCUGCCAAACCCAACUGAAUUUAGGACAAAUUUUGUCUAUAUAUAGUCAAGAUUGGUUAUUUGUCAAGACCUACAAAAUCCCACCACAGCUGACUCUAUGCAUGACAAUCAAUCAAGGCAAUAACCUUCUCUUCUCUGGUCAAGAAAGAAAAGAACUCCAUUGACACAAUGGGUAUCUACAAUGAUGAAACUCAAUCAAAGAAGCGAGGAGGAAACAGAGCUGCACUCUUUGUAUAUGCCAUGGAAGGGCUCGAGAACAUGGCGUUCGUCUCGAGUGCUGUCAGCCUGGUGCUCUAUUUCAAUGAUUAUAUGAACUUGAGCAUACCUGAAUCCGCCGUCGUGCUUACAAACGUCAUGGGAACUACAUUCAUACUAACAUUCCUCGGAGGAUAUAUCUCUGACACUUAUUUGACAAGAUUCAAGACGUGUGUUUUGUUUGGAAUCAUAGAAAUGCUGGGUUUUGUCCUUCUGGCAAUUCAAGCACAUUUCCCUCACCUAAGACCAAUCAGUUGCAAAGGUGUUGCACCAAGCCUAGCACAUCAAUGUGAGGUUGCAGAUAGCACCCAAAAUGCCAUCUUUUACACUGCUCUAUAUCUUAUUGCUUUCGGUAGCAGUGGGGUUAAAGCAGCAUUAACACCUUUGGGAGCCGACCAAUUCGACGAAACGGACGCAGACGAGGCAGUUCAAUUGUCUAGCUUUUUCAACUGGUUCAUGUAUAGCCUCACCAUUGGUUCUAUGAUUGGGGUGACUUUUGUUAUAUGGGUUAGUCUCAACAUAGGUUGGGACUGGUCAUUUGGGGUGUGCGCCGUAGCAAUCUUAUUCUCCGUCAUCUUUUUAUCCAUGGGCAAGUCGCUGUACCGGAAUAAUGCACUGAAUGGAAGCCCUCUUAUUCGUAUUCUGCAGGUCUUUGUGGUUGCUAUUAAAAACAGAAACCUUCCAACACCGGAGAGGGUAGAAGAAUUUCAUGAAAUCCAUGACAAGGAAGCCAGUCAGAGCGAAAUUCUUGAGAGGACUGAUCAAUUCAGAUUCUUGGACCGAGCAGCAAUCAUUAGGAGUACAGAUGAUAGAACAUCAAGAAACACUGAUUUGUGGAGCUUGUGCACGGUUACACAAAUUGAAGAGACAAAGAUACUAGUACGCAUGCUACCAAUUAUAAUUAGCACCAUCUUCAUGAACACAUGUGUGGCUCAACUCCAGACUUUCUCAAUUCAACAAAGCAACACCCUGGACACAAAUAUCCUGGGCUUCAAGGUUCCUGGUCCCUCCGUUCCUGUAAUUCCCCUGUUAUUCAUGUUCGUUUUGAUCCCAAUAUAUGAGCAUAUAUUCGUCCCAUUCGCUCGAAAGAUCACUGGAAUUCCCACUGGUAUAACCCACCUCCAACGUAUCGGGGUUGGCCUAGUCCUCUCAGCUAUAUCAAUGGCGGUUGCUGGAAUUGUUGAAACUCGCCGCCAACGCGUGGCUAUACAGCACAACAUGGUUGACUCUGUUGGGCCUCUGCCCAUGAGUGUGUUGUGGCUUGGUUUUCAAUACGCGAUAUUCGGUGGAGCUGAUAUGUUCACUUUAGCCGGGUUUCUAGAAUUUUUCCACGCUGAAAGCUCAGCUAGAAUGAAGUCAUUUGGUACAGCCAUUUCUUGGUGGCCAAUUGGAUUUGGCUACUUCUUGAGUUCAGUACUUGUGGAAGUGGUUAACAAGGUGAGUGGUGGAUGGUUGGCUAGUAACAAUCUCAACAGAGGCAAAUUGAACUACUUCUACUGGUUACUAUCUGGUCUAAGUUUGUUGAAUUUCGGAUUCUAUCUGGUCUGUGCUUGUCAUUAUAGAUAUAAGAAGGUGGAUGUGAAGCAAGUAGAGGACCCUGUUUUCCAGGGCAAGAUGGAAUGGACCAGAUUGUAAGAAUGCCAUUGUGUUUGUAAGAGAUCUUAUCUGUUAAUACUUUACACAUCAUCUGUAAGAGAAAAAUCAAUGUUCAACAAAUCAUUGUACUGGGGUUUUUUUUUU